GUUCUGUCAAGCGAGUCAAGACUAAGGGGGUUGCCUCAUCGUAUGCAUGCAUGAAUGUAAAGCUUAGCAACUCAAACAUAAAUGACAGUGUAACAGAGCCAUUGCAAGGUAAACAGAUAUUCUCAUUCGUCUUGCUUAUAACGCGUCUUCAGUUUGUUUUUAUUACACUUGAAGAGUUUAACGCGAGUGACCUCAGCGAAGGGCAAACGUUUUACAAAUAUCAUUCUAUGUAAGGCAAGCGUGCUUACAGUGGUUUCAGAUUCAACGUUAUUGGAAUGUCAAACUAGUAAUAUUACAAUGAUAUCUUAAUAUCUACUGGAUAUUAUUACCAAGUACCUCAUACAAUGAUGAGUUAAUUGAUUAACUUCAAACUCUAUUAGGCUAAACAUUUGCAUCCAUAUAUAAUUAUUUUGAUUUAUGCGAUCAAAGUGACGACGAUUACAUACAAAGAAGCUCUUGAACUGCUGCAAACAGGCUGGAAAAUUAUGAACGUCGAGGAGCGACUAAAGUCCGACAAAAAGAACUUGGUAGAUGAGAUAAUAAUAUGCAUUCAUGAAUAUAUUCCAUUUCAAAGUAUUUCAGUUCUCAGUAAAUCAAGUGAGGAGAGAAAUAUAAUUUUGAGGAAUGAACAAAUUAAAGAAAUUUGCUUUACUGGAGAAGGAGGUCUUUGUUAUGUCAUGGCCUCCUUUUGUUUGAUGUUGUUCGGUGCACUUGGCUUCUCUGUACGACUGAUCAGCUCAACUGUGACAUCGAACCGGAGCACCAUAGACAGUCAUACAUUUGUGGUAAUCGAUGGCUUAGAAUAUGAGAAUGAUAUUCACUUGGUUGAUUGUGGCUUAGGAUUUCCAACGUUCCGGGCAAUUUCAUUAAAUUUCACUGACGAGUCCCCCGUAUUUUACGACGGAUUUCUCGAGUACAAGUACAUUCGGCAUGAUGGAAAAAUUCUGCGCAUGCACGGAAAGGGUGAUAUAUACAAACACAAUGAUCCACCAAUAGAAGGUCUCGAUUUCAUAAUUGGCCGUUGGCGUCGAUUUUAUUCCUUUGACCUCAGUAGAAAGUAUGACACAUUGUUUGAACCUGCGCAGACUUCAUGGAAAAUAGUUGCUUCUGGUGUUACUUCAUUCACCUCCAGACCAGUAGCAGUUUGCUUUCCAAAGAAACGCGCUAUCAGAAUGGUGAGCAACCUGUUGAUGAUCGAGAACGAAAACCGCGAACUAGUUACCACCAUUUUGGAAAAUGACGAGGAAAUCAUAAAGGCAUAUAGUAAAUAUUUUCCUGUUUUUAGUCAAGAGGUAAUAAAACGUGCAUUGGAAGAAUGGCAUCGAGUAUCUCUUGCCUCCAACUAAUUAAUCUAAGAUCCCGUUUAUUUCACUAAAUACGCGCAUAUUGUAGUACAUCUGUAAUGGACAUAUGGUAACCAAGGCAUGAACCGUCGAACCGACAGUCAUGUCUUCUGAAGCAUUAAAAAUUAAAAUAAUGCUAUCACAAAUUAUAAAUUGUAAGUUUUGAAAAGCUCACAUAUUCUAAUUAUGAUUACAUGUUAUACUCAAAGCUUAUAGAAUAAAGAAUGUUUACGGAGUCUCAA